GCGGGGGGAGCGGCUCGGCCCUCCGGCUCCGGUUUCAACAAGUGUUCCUGCCCAGAGAAGGAGCGGAGCGGAGCCGAAGGCUAUUUAAAGCCCGACGGCCGAGGGUCUCGGGCCCGACCCAGGCUGUGGGCAGGGGGCACCGACGCUCCCGCUUCUCGCCCAGCUGCGCUUCUGCCACCAUGGCCAAGGGGGCAGGACGCGAGUACUCCCCCCCGGGGGCCACUCCGGAGAAUGGAGGGGGCAAGAAGAAGCAGAAGGAGAAGGAGCUGGAUGAGCUAAAGAAGGAAGUCAACUUGGACGACCACAAACUGUCUCUGGACGAAAUCAGCCGGAAGUACGAGGUGGAUUUGUCCAGGGGCUUGACCAACACCCGGGCGGCGGAGAUUCUGGCCAGAGACGGCCCCAACGCCCUGACGCCUCCCCCGACCACGCCCGAGUGGGUCAAGUUCUGCCGGCAACUCUUUGGCGGCUUCUCCAUCUUGCUGUGGAUCGGGGCCAUCCUCUGUUUCCUGGCCUACAGCAUCCAGGCCGUGAUGGAGGACGAACCCGCCAAUGACAACCUGUACCUGGGCGUGGUGCUGGCCGCCGUGGUCAUCGUGACCGGCUGCUUCUCCUACUACCAAGAGGCCAAGAGCUCAAAAAUCAUGGACUCCUUCAAAAAUAUGGUUCCUCAGCAAGCCCUGGUCAUCCGGGAAGGCGAGAAGAUCCAGAUCAACGCCGAGAACGUGGUGGUGGGAGAUCUGGUGGAGGUGAAAGGCGGGGAUCGGGUUCCUGCAGACCUGCGGAUAAUCUCCUCCCAUGGCUGUAAGGUGGACAACUCCUCCUUGACGGGCGAGUCGGAGCCUCAGACCCGUUCCCCAGAGUUCACCCACGAGAACCCGCUGGAGACCCGAAACAUCUGCUUCUUCUCCACCAAUUGUGUUGAAGGCACCGCCCGGGGCAUCGUCAUCUCGACCGGGGACCGCACGGUGAUGGGGCGCAUCGCCUCGCUGGCCUCUGGCCUGGAAGUGGGCCAGACGCCCAUCGCCAUGGAGAUCGAGCACUUUAUCCGCAUCAUCACCGGGGUGGCCGUCUUCCUGGGCAUGUCCUUCUUCAUCCUCUCCCUCAUCCUGGGCUACACGUGGCUGGAGGCCGUCAUCUUCCUCAUCGGCAUCAUCGUGGCCAACGUCCCCGAAGGCCUCCUGGCAACGGUCACGGUGUGCCUGACACUGACAGCCAAGCGCAUGGCUCGCAAGAAUUGCCUGGUGAAGAACCUGGAGGCCGUGGAGACGCUGGGCUCCACCUCCACCAUCUGCUCCGACAAGACCGGCACUCUCACCCAGAACCGGAUGACCGUGGCCCACAUGUGGUUCGACAACCAGAUCCACGAAGCAGACACCACCGAGGACCAGAGCGGGGCAACAUUUGACAAGCGCUCCCCGACUUGGACCGCCCUCGCCCGCAUCGCAUCCCUGUGCAACCGAGCGGUCUUCAAGGCGGGGCAGGAGAACGUCCCCAUCUCUAAGAGGGACACGGCUGGUGAUGCUUCCGAAUCCGCCCUCCUGAAAUGCAUCGAGCUGUCUUGCGGGUCUGUCAGGAAGAUGCGCGAGAAGAACCCCAAAGUGGCCGAGAUCCCUUUCAACUCCACCAACAAGUACCAGCUGUCCAUCCACGAGGAAGACCGCCCAAGGGCCAAUGUGCUGGAGGGAUGAAGGGCUCAGAGGAUCCUGGACUGCUCCACCAUCCUUCGCCAGGAGGUGCCCCUCGACCAGGAGCUGAGGGAAGCCUUCCAGAACGCCUACCUGGAGCUGGGGGGGCUGGGCGAGAGAGUGCUGGGAUUCUGCCAGGUCUACCUCCCCGAAAAGAAAUUCCCUCGUGGCUUUAAGUUCGACGCCGACGAGGUCAACUUCCCCAUUUCGAAACUCUGCUUUGUGGGGCUGAUGUCCAUGAUCGACCCGCCCCGUGCCGCCGUGCCGGACGCGGUGGGGAAAUGCCGGAGCGCUGGCAUCAAGGUGAUCAUGGUGACAGGCUUUCUACCCCUCGGCAGCUUCGCCAUAAUCUCCGAGGGGAACGAGACCGUCGAGGACAUCGCGGACCGCCUGAACAUCCCUGUCAGCCAGGUCAACCCCAGGGAAGCCAAGGCGUGUGUGGUCCACGGCUCUGACCUGAAGGACAUGACCCCGGAGCUGCUGGACGAGAUCCUCAAGAACCACACGGAGAUCGUCUUCGCCCGCACCUCCCCCCAGCAGAAGCUCAUCAUCGUGGAGGGCUGCCAGCGGCAGGGGGCCAUCGUGGCUGUGACCGGAGACGGCGUGAAUGACUCCCCUGCCCUGAAGAAGGCGGACAUUGGCAUCGCCAUGGGGAUCGCCGGCUCCGACGUGUCCAAGCAAGCGGCGGACAUGAUACUCCUGGACGACAACUUUGCCUCCAUCGUGACGGGCGUGGAGGAAGGCCGCCUGAUCUUUGACAACCUGAAGAAGUCCAUCGCCUACACCCUCACCAGCAACAUUCCCGAGAUCACCCCCUUCCUCCUCUUCAUCAUCAUCAAUAUCCCGCUGCCGCUGGGCACCGUCACCAUCCUCUGCAUCGACCUGGGCACGGACAUGGUCCCAGCUAUUUCCCUGGCCUACGAGGCUGCAGAGAGCGACAUCAUGAAGCGGCAGCCGCGCAACUCCAAGACGGACAAGCUGGUGAACGAGCGCCUCAUCAGCAUGGCCUACGGGCAGAUUGGUAUGAUCCAGGCUCUGGGGGGCUUCUUCACUUAUUUCGUGAUCCUGGCGGAAAACGGUUUUCUCCCGACCACCCUGCUGGGCAUCCGUCUGGACUGGGACGACCGUUCCAAGAAUGACCUGGAGGACAGCUACGGUCAGGAGUGGACGUACGAGCAGCGCAAGGUGGUGGAGUUCACCUGCCACACGGCCUUCUUUGCCAGCAUCGUCGUGGUCCAGUGGGCCGACCUCAUCAUCUGCAAGACCCGGCGGAACUCCGUUUUCCAGCAAGGCAUGAAGAACAAGAUCCUGAUAUUUGGCCUUCUGGAAGAAACCGCCCUGGCCGCCUUCCUGUCCUACUGCCCCGGCAUGGGCGUGGCUUUGCGCAUGUACCCACUCAAGGUCACUUGGUGGUUCUGCGCCUUCCCCUACAGCCUGCUGAUCUUCAUCUACGACGAGGUGCGGAAGCUGCUCCUCCGUCGCUAUCCAGGCGGCUGGGUGGAGAAGGAGACCUACUACUGAGGCGGCGGCGGCAGCAGCCCCUGCGGAAGCCCCUCGUUGCCGCCUGGGAAUCCCGUAGAGCCUGUAGCUGUAGGGUGGGACGGGGAGGGGAGGGGGGGUGGGACACACUCGCACACCUGACUCACGUAGGUCUCACCUGUAGCCAUCCACCUAGGCACUAACCCCACCGGCUGGUGGAGGGGCCUCGUUGCACCCACCCCGAGGGGACCCUCGCUGGCCUGCAGCCCCCAAGCCAAGCCUCGGGGAGAAGAGGGGAGCUGUCGGGGGGGGGGGAGCUGUGUCUCAUGGGGGGGCAGAAGAGAGCAGACCACCCGGGGGACAUUUGCUGGUGUGAGGACGAAAGAGCCCCCUGCAGAGAGGGGGGGUUAGGAAAGGGAGCCCCUCUUCUCCCUGGGGCCUAAGCGGCGCUCUCCGGCCUGCCCCGCCUGUCUUCCUCUCCGUGGUGAUCCCGGAAACAGCUCGGAGGCUGUUGGGAAAAUGCAAUAAACGCCAUGUCAGCUGUC